AUGCUCGGGGUUCUCGUGAAGACGUCGCCUCAACAAUCGUCGCCGUCCCGUCCUGCAGGGGACGGAAACUCCGAGGCAUCCCGGGCUCAAUCUCCAGAGCACCCUCAGUCCCCUGCCCUCUCGACGACCUCGACAGCGGACUGCUCUUUGGAAGACUCUCCCAUCCUACACUCUCUACCCGCCCCGACCCUUCCUAGCAGGGCGUUAGAACUACUCAGGACCCCUCCUGCACUCGACUCGGACGACGAACCUCCAUACGUCACGGCCAGUUGGGGAUCCCCCUAUCCACAGACUCAUCGAGAGCAUCUCCGAGAGGAGAGUCUGAGCAGUGAAGCAUCGGAAGACUCGCCUAUUCAUCAACUCGAGCUUCAUACGCCGUUUCUACGCCCGCCCCCCGAGUUCGCACGAGAACUUGCGGACCAGUCAAACUACGCUUUCGUGAGCGCUGCUGUUCUCGCUAACCGCGCGAGGCGCCCAACUAGGGGUCUCACUGAGGAGUGGAUUCGCCAGCAUACGGCCGACGACUCUGCUGAAGGUCGCCCCUGGCUUAGUGACGGUACUGAAGAUAGUGAGCCCUCUUCACUGAGAGGUUCCGCUUCUAGUAACAUUGGCUGGCUUGAGCCGUACGACUUGCAGACGCCUCGAGCUAACCCCAACCGGUUACCCUCACGAGAAGUCUCUCGAAGACAUCCACGCGCCCGAUCCAGCGUGGAAACUCUUACACCCGAAUCUCACGCGCGCGAUACCGGUUCUCCGAGAGUCAUAGGGAAAAUGGCUACUGAAGCGGACCAGACAACUGCGCCAGUGGCUGUGCCCGAAACAGCUGCACCAGCCCCCGUUCCGAAGGAUGGCCAUCUUCCUCCUGAGACCCCUCCGCGGCCGACUGCCACGUUGGCAAAGGAAGCCCGGACUCCCAAGUCUCCUGCAAAAUCGACACCGUUAAGGUUAAAGUCGAAUGAACAGCCUUCGCAGCCUCGGCCAAAGAAGAAAGUCCCAUGGAAGGGAAAGAAUAUUAUGGUGCUCCUCCCUUUGGAUGAUCAUCGCGGCCAGGCCAACCAACCGCCUGCUCCCCUUACGCAGGGUGAAGUUGAACGCAUGUAUAGAGAUUGGGAAGAGCUAGGCUAUAAUGUCCGUGGUUUUGAUCUCAACAGGGAUUCAUCGCGCCCUGGUGAAGCUUCCCAGAGCCGAGCUUUCUGGCCCGACCACCGCGACAUGGAAAGGGAACACCGGAACCGACAUUUUGUUGUCACUUUGCCGGACUUGAAUGCUUGGAAAAAUUAUGUUGAUGAGCUGAACGAGGCGAAACUGCGUGCUCUGGGCGUGUCAAGUCAUGAUGAGGAGCCACCGCCCCUCCCAUCCGUCUCGCCGGUGACAUCAACGACGAGCCGAAUCCCGUCCAGCCAGCUUCCGGGACAGCCGUUUUCACCCCCUAUCCCGCCGUCUUCCGCUUCAAGCAACCACUUCCCGUUCCCGGCACCCUUCAUACCUGGCGGGCGAGGAUCAGCGGUUACAAGCCCCGGCAUUCCAUCCACUGUUUCACCGGUCUCCUUCGCUAUUCCGCCUGGGAAAUAUAAUCCUCGCCAGUCAAUCUCGAUCCCUGCCACGUCCUCGCCCUUCCAGAUCCCGCCCCAGCCAUCACCGCAAAACUGGGCUCAGCAGGCUCUUCUCAUGCAAUCGGUGAACCGUGGCGAUUCUCCUGCCCUGAGUCUCAAUGGGUUGAUCUCUCCUUCCUCGCCUUUCCAGACUGGUAGCCCGGCAUUCAACACCCACCAAAGGCACCAGUCUUUGCAGUAUCCUCUCUUGCCUCAUCAACAGUUGCCGCUCUUCCCUGCUAGGGCGACCCCCACUCUCCAAGAACUACGCGAGGUGGAUGAGGAUGGAUUGAGCAAGAGCCCCUCCAAGACUCCUGAACCUCUCAAGGAGAACCCCGAUGACCUUCAGAGGGAGAUUGAGGAUGCGGAGUACCAUCUCGAGGAGCAGCUCCGAAAUGAGCUAGAGCACGAGGACUAUAGUCCUCACAACCAAGAUAACAAGGUUGAGCAAGGCAUCCAUCUUCCAGACUCCGAUGUCUUCCCCUCAGCCCAUGGCCGUCAGCAAUCUGUUCAGUUUGCUCUCCCUGAGCAAAUUCUCAGCAAUGCCGGACCCGAUCCCGUUCUUCACCAUCCACGACCGCACAGCAGAGGGCAUUCCCUCUCGCACAACUUCUUCACGCGUCACGAAGAUUCCGGGACCCCUGGAGACCCCAAUGCCGGUUUCGGCCGAUUUAAGGUGCCCGCCGAUUCUAGCUCUCAGAAAGCAGAGGAAUCCUAUGAGAUUAUCACGAAUCCCAGCAACCUCGGUACCCCCGUGCAAGACUUCGAUUUGGCCACCGUUCUUCAGGAGAACACGCAUCAACGCGCAUUCUCUACUGCAAGCAACCCUUGGAACGACUCGGCCUCGGUCACCAGUCAAUCCGGCGCUCGUCGAUUGAGCCAUGCCAGCAAGCCUUCCACCUCGAAGCUCAAUGUCAAGGCGCCAGAGUUCAAAUUCAAUCCCGAGAGCACCUUCAAACCCGGGCAGUUCGUCUUCGGAGGAAACUCAUUCCAGCCACAGCCGACUUUGCUGCAGACGAACCCCCUCUUCCAAGCACCUCCGCCGUUGUCAGCAACUUCGAGCCAGUUCAGCAUGUCCACUACCUCCAAGAUUAAUGUCAACGCGCCAGUUUUCUCCCCCCAGAGUGAUUUCAGUUUCUCGUCAUCUGGUCCCAAAUUCCGACCGGAUGCUCCUUCAUUCACGCCAUUCGGCGGCGCAUUUUCUGAUACGAUUACUAGUCCGUUCUCGGGUUCAGAAAGCGGAGGCAAGCGGUCUGGCUCCAUCUUUGGCGGUAUUGAGAUCCCUGCUCCAGAGACCAUCACGCCAGCGAAGAAAUCCAAGGCGAUCCCCAUUGUCCGACCCCCAAGCCAUCACUCAUCGCGCGCUCCGUCCGUCGAUGGCCGGCAUGAUGAUCGUCCCAUCCCAGAGGAGUCUCGCGUGAAGCGUGCCCGUGCCUCCCCAGCUGAUGAUGCUGACGCGGUACCUCUCUUCGCGGAGCCGUCGGCAACACAGGAGUCUCCUGCUCUUAAGGCUGAUGAUACGGAACAGACUCCUCAGCCCCAUAUCCUCGAAGACCACAGGUCUGGUGAUGAAACUGCGGGUCUUGCUGACACUUCUAUGUCUUCGAUGUUCACGUCAGAAGCUACCGAUGCUAAGCCCACUGCACCCACGUCUGUGAACAGCCCGUCCGAGACCUCUCCAUACUGGGGAUCUUUCGAGUUCGAGAACAGGGCAGACAUGCAGAACUUCAACAAUGCCUUGCCGCCAGGUGAAAAGCAGCCCUCUUUCCGAGGCCACAAGAAGUCUCUCUCAGCUACUGCGAAGCCCUUCACUCCAGGCGCCUUUGCUUACCGUGAUCUAGCCAAUGGCGAAACCAUUGACGCGAAGUCUGAUGUCACCGACGAGGAGAAGCUAGAUGAAGAGACACCCCGCCCCGGUAUUGUGGCUCCAGAACUCAAGAGAAAGGCUGCCGAGGAUGAGGAGACCGAAGAAAUCGAAGAGAAGGACGAGGAGCCGACAUUGGAGAAGGAAACUCAUCUUGAACCCGAGCCGGCCCCAAGGGUGGCUACUCCACCCCCUCUCCUCCAUCGCGUCCCUCAAGGGCUGGCUGCUUCCAGAUACGCCUCUCCUCCACCCAAGGGUCUUGGCGCUUCUCGAUUUGCCUCCCCUACCCCCGAACCCGAGAUGGUGGUGGAACCUUCUCCUGAGCCUACACUGGGAGCCGAAUCAGAUCACGAGAAGCCGACACCCCGCUUCUCCCCCUCGCCGGAGCCUGAGGCCGAGCCCGAACUUGAGCCAGAACUCGAACUCGAGCCUGAACUUUCCGAAGAAGAUGCUCCGGUCGAGCGAGAAGUCGUUGGGGACUUAUCCGUUGAACUGGAUUCGGUCGAGGAAGCUGCAUCUGAAGUGGAGUCGCUCGAUGUCACCCUUGAGGAGCCCGUAGCUGCCAAGGAGAGCACAAGGGAAGUUGAGGACCAAGGCCCAACCUUCGAGGAGAUCGACGCAGUUAUGCGACAUAUCAACGAGAACGAUCCCACCAAGGGUGUUAACAGGACCCACGACGAAUCUCCCAGAUGGCUCCAGCCAAGCCCCACGCGGCAGAUCCCACUUACGCUUGUCAGCGGCGAAUCCCCCAUCCACCUCCCGCCUACUCAACACUUCCGCAGCGACGCGCCCAGUCCUAGCCCUCGCCGUUACCAUGCUUUGCCCGGUGAGGCUGUACGCCCGAUGAUGACCACUGAGCUGGAUGAUCCCUUCAUCGAUGGACAGGGAAGUAUUCGGUCGUUCGAGGGAGCCAUCCACCGUCUCGACGUCGACAAGGUCAUUCCUGGAAGCGACUGGGAUGAAGAUUUCAGCAACGAUGAGCAGGACAAAUUAGAGAGCCGCGUCCAAUUCUUCGAUGGGCGUGUUAAUGAUGUUGUUGGCAACAUCCUAGCCGCCCGUCUCGAUCCUGUGGAGAGGUCUUUGGAUGCUAUCCAUCGUGCACUCUCAUCUCUCUCACGCCGGGCUGCGUCAUCCCAUCGCGAGCGACGCAGCAUCUCCCAAGAGAGUGACGCCGACGACGAAGAUGAUGAGCCUGCCCCCCGCCGUUCGAUGAGUCCCCAACGUAACCGUCGUGUAGAGCAGAUUAGGACCGCCGUUCUCGACGCUCUAGCAACUCAUCAACGCGCCAUGCCUCCUCCGGUUGCGCCCGACACUACCGCCCCCAGCGAAGGGGCUUUGGUCCUGAAGGCCUUGGAAGAUAUGAAGGAGCACUUCGGUACAUCAAUGAGGCUUGACUUCCGCGGCGAGGACCUGCGUAAUAUCGUCGAAGAGGCUGUUGAGCGACGCAUGCCCCCAACCCCUCAACCAGACAAGGACGCAGAGACAAAGCUUGAGGAAUUGCAAGCUAAGGUCAUUGAUCUUGAGCAGCGCCUUCACAUUGAGCAAAUCAAGGUCGAAAAGGAGGUUGAGGACCGCCGUGCCGCUCAGGAUCUCACUGCUGAACUCGGCCGCAAGCUCGAGGCGGCCGAGACCAAGGUGGAAGUUGAAAUCUUCAAUCGCAGCGUCUUUGACCAGCGCGUCGCUGACCUGGAAGAGAAACUGCGUAUCCAGGAAGAGCAAUCUGAAAAGGAACUCAGUGGCCGUCGCGCAGCGGAAGACCGAUUGUCAGAAGUUCAGCGGCUUCUCAGAAUCGCCACCGAGGAGGAAACUCGGCUCCGCGAGACUCUCGACGAGAGAGAGCAGAGGAUCAAGUCCAUGGAACAAGCCAAUAGCAAGACGACCAUGCGGCUCGCACUCCUUGAGGCUGCCCAGACCAAUGCUACCCAAUCGCGCUCCGAACUUACUAACAGGAUUAAUGUUAUGGAAAGUGAUCUUCGCAAUGCCAAGCAAGAACUCAGCCACUGGAGAUCCGAGGCUGACCAUGCUGGAGAGAAGGUGCGGCGCUUGGGUGGCGACCUCGAUCAGGCCUUGAAUGAGAAGAGACACCUCCACAAGGUCUUGGAUACUCUCGGAACUCAACUCGAAGAAAACGAGCGCGUGCGCGAAACCUGGAGGGGCAAGUUCAUCUCUGUUCAGGAAGAUAUGGCAAGGGCUGCCGCCCAGAUCACUGAAGAGAAUGCUCGCCGAACCAAGAAGGAGCAGGCCCUUAUCGCUAGGCAGGAGGUCCUUGACGCUAAGCUUCAGGCCGAAGCUCGCACUCGAGAGCGUUUGGAGACCGAACUCGAGCGCCUCGAGGGUAUCGAACGACAAGGAAUGCGGGCUGUCACUGAGUCCAAACGACUGGAGACUCUACUCACUGAUCUCAGGAAUGAGAACCAUCAGCUACACCAGACGGCCAUGCGAUACCAGCGAGAGUUCGAGGAGGCUCGCGAGUCCGGCGCGAGUGAAGUCCAACGCAUCCGCGUAGCUAUGCAGACACAGCUGGAUGAAGCCAACAAUCACGUCAACGUUGUGAGGCAAGAGCUUGAGGAACAGAUUUCAAAGCUCAGGUCCGAGCUUGACCACACCCGACUUGAUGUGGACUCGGCUAAGGCCCAGAGUGAAAUGUUGCUCGAGGAGGCUCAUUCUACCAAGGCGACGGAGAUCCAGCGACUCGUAGAGAAGCACCAGAACGAGAUGGAGGAUAUACAAACUCGAUACGAACGACAACACAGCAAUGCUGUUGAUGAAGCUCAGACAAGGGAGCAGCGACUCCUCGAGCGCCUCAGCCUGUCGACGUCGAGGACCGAACAUCUUCAAGACCGCAUCCACCAUCUCGAGGAGAAGCUGGAAAUUGCUCAGGAGGCGGCUCGUGCCGCUGCACAAGCCGCAAAGACAACGUCUGCUGAAACCAUCGUCUCGCCCUCGUCUGCCCACCCAAGAUCGACCCACGGCUCAAUGGCACUUCCUGAGAAGAUCUCACCCCAAGCCCUUCGCGAGUCCAUCAUGGUGCUUCAGGAGCAGCUUCAGGAGCGCGAACAGCGGAUCGAGGAACUCGAGCAGACCGUUGCCGACCUAGAUCCCGAAGCGGAGACCAAGAUUGCCAAGCGCGACGAAGAAAUUAUCUGGCUCAGGGAGCUCCUCGCAGUCAGGCAUGGCGAUCUUCAGGAUAUCAUCGGUGCUCUUUCCGCAGAGACGUUCGACAGGGCCCGUGUCAGGGAUGCGGCCAUUCGUCUCAAGGCCAACCUCCAGAUGGAAGAGCAGGAGCGUGAGCGUGCGAUGAACGGUGGCUCUGCCGUCAAUCUUCCCAGCAUCGCCCAGACCAUCCGUGAAGCUGCUACUCCUCGAGUGGCACAGGCGGUCGGCCCCAUUGCGGCCGCGUGGGGAAGCUGGCGCAAGGCUCAACCCUCUUUGAGCAGCCUCUCUGGUGUUCUCUCAUCGCCGGCGUCGGUAAAUAUGCGGAGCAACACUCCUUCCAAAGCAGGACCGCCAACUCAGGUUAACAACACCCUCUUAGGAGGGCUUUUGACGCCUCCUGCCUCGGGGCUUCGCCAGACCCCUCCUACAUCUUUCCAGACGACUCAGCCCGCCCCCUUCACCACAACUGGUCGUCGAUACACCGGUCAGCGCAGCGAGCAUACCAGUCGCGCGUCGAUCUCAUCUAGACGGUCGGAGAAGAUGCCUAUCGUCGGAACACCGCCUCGACACACGGAGCGUCCGGAGCCAGUCACUCCUCCCAUGAUGGAGCGGAGCGGCUACGACUCGGAUGCGAAUCCGGGCGACUUUGACGACCAUGGCUUCUUCGAUGACUAG